AUGUCGACUUUGAUGUAUUUGAAGAUGCUGUUUGUCGGGGGUGGUAUUACCGGUCUCGGAGUUGGGCUUUACAAGAAUGCGGUUCCGACCGAGGAGGAGCUUCUGAAGGAAUUCUCGCCCGCGCUACAACAAAAAUACCACCAAGAAAACCAAUACAUGGACCGCGACUCCGCCAACGCGCAACUCCGCAACCUGAUCCAGAGCAACGCGAACUCGUCCCGCCCGGCGUGGAUGCUGACGGACAAAAUCGAGCCGCGGUGCGUGACGCACGAGCGCGACCGCGUGCGCUGGAGUCAGCGCAGUCUUGAGCGCGCGAGGGAGUCUGCGAGGAGGAGGAUGCUGGAGGAGAAGGAGAGGUUGGAGAGGGAGGAGCAGCAGCAGCGGCGGCGGUCGUUUUUCUGAGCGGAGUGAUUGUUCGCGCUUGUAUAUAUUAUUUACAUCCCUUUUGUCAUGUCUAUUUGAAUGUCUAGGAGUUUGUCAUGCAUGCUAAUGUUUAUGGAUUUGGUACUUUUGAUUUCUGAUUGUUUCCGCGGCAAUUCCGCGGGCGCGGGCAACUUGGUAUGUCAUGCCGACAGUGUUGCCGACAAAAUAACUAAUAUAACGCUGGUUUUGAUAAUAUUGCUAAAUUAUUAAGAACGAGGGUAAUGGUUAUGAUUAUGAAGAUGAAAAGCACAUAGAAAGUUGAGGAAAGAGCGGAAACAAGUACUAAUAUCU